AAAAAUAAUAAAUAAAUAAAUCAUAGGAUUGUUACAAUGGUUAUCUGGGUUAUUUUAAGGUAACAGAGAGAAGCCUUCCUGGCUUUUUAAAACAGAGCGUGGACAAUACCUGGCUGGCAUCUCUAGUUAAAAAAAUCUCUAAAAACAAACCUGGGAAAGAUAUCAAAAUAUGUGAUAUGUUCAGCCAUCUGUAAGAGGUGAGGUGACAGAGGGCAAGGAUCCCUCUAUGUCACUAUUUCCCUUGGUGAAAUAUAACAGUCAGAAUGAAACCAAUCGCCAUCUGACAGCAGAGAAGGGGGGAAACCACAUCUUAGCCAGCCCGACUUCCAAAUGCACAGUAGAAAAUGAAAAUCUUUUACCUGUUCCUGAAUAAACACUGAGCUUCCCCAAGGUUAAUGAGCUCGAGGUUGCGUACAUCUGUGGCUGCCAGCCAGAUCUGGCCCCACCCAGGGCUGCUGUGAACGCCAAGUUGCUUCAGAGAAUGAUUCAAUGAACCCUGGGAAAAGAGAAAGAAAGGAGUGAGACACGUUGGCAGGACUUUCAGGCCGGGCUUUUGACAAGGCCAUAAGAUCUGGCCCUUCUACCUUGGAAAAAGGGGGCAUAGCUCAGCGGUGGAACACCUGCUUGGCAUGCAGAAGGUAUCAGGCUUCGUCCCUGGCAGCAUCUCCAGCAAAAGAAGCCAAGACAAGAGCAAGUACGAGAUGUGAAUACGGAGAGCUAGAUUUUCUCCUUUGCAACCCGGGAGUUACAGAUUGAAGAUUUGUUUCAUUAUGGCCUGCUGGAAACGCCAGGCUGGUGAUGUUGGGAAUGAUGAGCUCCCAAUUUCUGUCUCGUACUGCUGGAACCAAGAAAAAGAAUGCUCCGUUCACUGGAAGCACGAGCUUCUCAACGGACAGGUGCUUGCAGUUCUCACAGCUUGUGAAUCCGGUAGAUCUUCUUCCCACAUAGAUACGAAUUUCUGUGCUGAGAGCCUGAAGACCUGGGGGAUCCAGAUGACGGCCGACGAGUGGAGAAAUUUGAUCCAGCAUGCAGUGCUAGAGCCAGAAGUGAGAAAGUACAUGUUCUACAACUCAAGAGCAUUUGGGAUAACCGUUGCUGUGGUUUUCUACGUGACUCUCUGGGUCAACCUUUAUUCCAUCUUGCAGCUGUAUCCCUUCGCACAAUAUUGGGAGCUCGCUCUCUUGGUCACCGCUGUGGCUUUAGUGACUGCCUUGGUCGUCAGACUCAUUGUCCAUCGACAGCAACAUAAGAUCAACAUGAAUACUGACAUCAGGUUGGCAGCUGCCAAUGAAGUCUUCAUGAAAAACCAGCUCCUGGUGGGCGUGACAGAUAUACUGGACAAGCACUGUAGCAUCCCACAGCUAUGGUUUGUUCAUUUCAACGUGGAACCGUGCCUCCAGUCCUUGGCAAACUCCAUUACAGAAAUGAAGAGGAAACAAGAGGCAGCUUUAAGGCACAACUUGGACAAUAUCUGCAUUGUGAUCGAGACACCGGUCCUUCCGAGCCUGGAGGGGGAAGUGGAAGGCUCCUUGGAGGACUCACCACUGCUACCCAACGAAAAUCACAGUGGCAAGAGCAGAAGAGGUGGCUUGACAUGCCGUGAGCUCCUCCAGCUCAUCCCCAACGGAGCCCCGGAGGUGGUGGCGCAGCAGCUGUUGACCGUCUUCAGUGGCUAUUACGUCAGGCUUUUGGUCAGCCACCGACUCCCAGAAGUCCCAGCAGGACGCCAUGUCACCCUUGGCCACACACCCUGCCUGUGCCAGUUCACGGAGACCACGCUUCUGGGGACGGAAGCCUCUUGAGUCAAGAGGAGGGAGAACUGGCUUUCAGACAUGGCAACCGGAAUCCGUUAUUCCUCGGCAGAGCAUCCACCGACCCAGGGAAAGAUGGAGCCAGCCAUCGGGGAGGAAAGGCCACCUGGCCACAUUUGGCCUCCGUAUGCUGGAGAUCAAAAGCAGAAAUUUUCUGGGGACCUCUCUCUCUCUUUCUCGGGAGUGAGCAAUUACUAGGACAAUCGGACCAGCAGACUAGCUAGCUAGAUGGAACCUUCAUGUUCCAAGGCAGUUUAUCUCUCUGUUUACCAAAUCUCUGUCUACCAAUUACUACACCGGCGAGACCGACAGUCUAUUCAGCUAAAGGGAACCUGCAUGUUCAAAGACAGUGUAUCUCUGUAUUUACCAAAUCUCUGUGUAUCAAUUUAGUAGAACAAAAAGACCAGCAGACUAAGCAGCUAGAUGGAAGCCGCAUGUUCCAAGGCAGUGUACCUCUGUGUACCCAAUCUCUGUCCACCAAUUACUGGAACAACGAGACCCACAGACUAUGCAGCUUGAUGGAGCUUCCAUGUACAGAGGCAGACUAUCCCAGCAUACCAAACGCUGGGGACAAGCCACCAGGCAGAGCUGUUGUCUGCACUCUGUUUGUAGGCAGAUGCAUCGGGGGCUACAUUGGACUAUGCAGGACUGGCCACAGCAGCUCUCCAAAGUCCAGGGUCGAGGACUUCCCCACCCUGAUUCCCGAAGUCCGCCAGGGAUUGAAUCCGUGACUAUCAACAUGCAAAUCCUGGGCCCUGCCACUGAGCUUUCACUGUUCCCAUCUGGUUGAAUUUCUUUUUGGAAUGAAGGAAACGGCAUUGGUGCGGGGGGGGGGGGGAGCGAGUGGCCACAUUUCCACCAGCCACAAGCUCUGAAGAGGUUCCGUGCACCAUGGGCCACCUAGAACAUCCAGCUCUCCGGGAACCCUCGGCAGUCUGCCCUCAAUGGGCCCUCCCUCCCUUGCGUCCCAAGGAAUCUGAGAUGGCUGUGAGGAGCUUCUCGUGGAGCAGGCGGCCAAGCGGGCUUUGCUCUCUACAGAGACGAAGCCCUCUCACUCCAUCUCUGCUUAAGCUGGGACUUCCCCGAGAGCUCUCUCUUCGUAGGCCCGAGAGCAAGACCCCUACCUUGGACUGGCAUUGACCAAACCUCGUUUGGUUCCUCCCUUCUCAGAACUGUGUCUGCUGUAGCCACACACACACACACACACACACACACACACCCCGACCGGUCAAUAUACUGUAACUUGAAAUUCUGGGUGAUGUUCAUAGUAAUUCCCCAUUUUUGUACUUUCAUAUCAUUUGAUUGCAAAUUGGCAGGCAGGACAUGUGGACUUGUUUAGGUCUUUGGAGAGCACGUAGCACAUUUUAGGCACUUAAAACAACAACGCUAAGUCUA